CAUGGCAACAUCAUCCAGCAGUCUCGCGGCGGACCCCAUCCUCCUCCCAUACCUCACAGAGGUGCUGACUCUCACAGAGCUCAGCCCCGCGCAUGUGUGUGUGUGUGUGUGUGUACGUGUAUGUGCAAGUGUUGUGACCGAUACAUGGAAAGCUACAAGAUGGCGAUAGCGCGAAUCAUCGCUUUCAUUCUCUUCUGUUCGAGCAUAUGCCACGUGCCAUCUCUCGCUGUUAUUCUCCGGACGACAGACAAGAUUGUGUGGGCAAAUGAGUUUGAGCCCAUUGAGCUGACCUGCUUAAUAGAAUCCAUCUCCACCAACAAUCCCCGGAUCGAAUGGAAGAAGAUCAAGAACGGCAUUCCCAGUUAUGUGUACUUCCAGAAUCGGAUAUCUGGCGACUUGGAGCACAGGGCACAGCUCAGAGAACCGGCAAACAUCCUGAUCUUCAACGCCACCCGCACCGACACCGCCGAGUACCGCUGCGAGGUGGCGGCCAUCGACGACCAGAGACACUUUGACGAGAUCCUCAUCAACCUCGCCGUGAGAGUGAGGCCGGUGGUGCCGCGCUGCAGCGUCCCGGACGCCGUCACCGUGGGAACGUCCUCGGAGCUGCGCUGCCUGGAGAAUGAGGGCUUCCCCGCCGCGCAGUACCGCUGGUUCCACAACAACGAGGAGCUGCCCCUGGACCCCAAGACCAGCCCCCGGCUCAUCAACUCCUCCUACACCAUCAACCAGGACACCGGCAGCUUGAAAUUCCGUCGGGUGAAGAAGGACGAUGCGGGAGAAUACUACUGCCAGGCCAAGAACGACGCUGGCCACGCCCAGUGCCCCCCGCAGAAGAUGGAAGUCUAUGAUAUUGACAUCGUUGGGAUAUUCCUGAAGUCAUUGGCUGCAUUUGUUGCGUUCAUCUGUAUAACUGUUGGCAUUUGUCAUGCCCACAAACAUGGAUGUUUCUCCAGCAAAGAUCACAGUGAUAAUAACUACAAAACACCCGGCCACGAGCAUGGGGUGGUUUACGGCGAUCCAGACGAGGGACAUUUUCGACACAAGUCGUCAUUCGUCAUAUGAGGGGGCACAGUAUUCAUCCGAGUGUGUACGACAAACCAGACAAAUCUAUAUCAAUCGGGUGGGGGGGAAGUGGUCCGCAUUAUCAAAUAUGAAGUAUUAUGGCACAUGAGCUAGGGCUCCUUAGGCACAACUUACUGGCCUUCGUUAUAUAUAUCUACAAAUAUACAAGUAUUACUGAGUACAUAAUAACUUUGAAUCUUUGUAAUACCAUUUAUCCCAGUAUGCUACAACUCAAAACGUUAUAUCAAUUCUGAAAAAAACGAAAGUCGUCUUUCAACAUUUAACAACGAGGGGGGGCGUGUGAAGGAAGCAGAAUAGAGUGGCGAAGUCACGCCCCUUCCGAUUGAGCCCAUGGUGGGACCUAUGAGAUCGAAAAACAUGAAUGGGUUUCAAUAAUUACUUUCUCUCCAUUGAAACCCAUUCAUAUUUUUCUAUCUCAUCGUUCCCAUGGGCUCUACCGGAAGAGGCGUGACUUCGCCACUAAAUGAAAAUGAGCCAACGGUACGACGGCAGCGACCGGUCCGUCCCGGCAGGACAUUAGAGCCGCAUCAUCAGCACACACUUCUCCAGAGCACAGAGAUACAAACACAUCAAAACGUUGCCAAAGUAAUAUUAGUUGAUUUCACAACUACAAUGCAUUUUGUUUCAUUUAGCUUUUCUUACUUUGCAAGAGAACGUUUUAUUGCACAACUUACUAGCUUCCUUUUAAAGCUGUGACCUUUUUCUGUCGGGGCAACAGUCUGACCAUGGAAGAAACAGUGAGUUAUUUUUCUUCAGGAAGGUUUUGAACAAAUCCUCUUUUUUAUCUCAACAACUUUAUACUCCUGAAAUUGUUUUCCAAAAAAAGUUUUAUUUUCUAUAACAUUUCACAAAUGUAACACAUCUUCUGUUUAUGUGGUUUGAAAGGUUAACGGUUCUUGUAUAUUGUUACUACGCAGGUAAUUAGUAGCAUAAUAUAGGCCAAUUUAUUGGCCGAUGUAUUGAUUGAUAAGUUGUAGGUAUGUCUGAGUGUAACAACUACAAUGAAUUUGACUACAUAUACCACAAUGCUGCAGCUCACUACGUACUAUCAACAUGGUAAAGAGUGCUGUUUUUGUGUAUAAGUGACCUUCUGUGCUUUACUAAUUAUUUUGUGAAUAUUGGACAUAUUGUCCAGUUUUUGAAUCAAUAUUAAAUGUACAAAGACAUUUCUUGUUGUUAUUUUUUUCAUGCAUUGGCAGCAUACUUAUGUACAUAUGGCAAUAAAAACUGUUUGUUGAACAUAGAGUUACAAAACGUAUUAAUCUGUGUGUAUCUGCAGUAUUAAACUUGUCAUUCAUCGGUUACAGUUCAUCUUCUGAAACAAUAGUUGUCAGUGUUGGAAGUCUUCUAGAAUGAUUUGUGUAAUAACUCAGGAACUGUUGUUCAUUUGAUAUUAUUGUAAAAUGUUUUGAUUUGUUACUAUUAAAUACAUUUUUA